AGAAAAUUAUGACAUUUGUGAAGAACGAGCUAACGAUGUUCAAGAGGAUUCUUAGUCCAGAACUCCCAGAAGGCUUUGAGAGUCAGAAGCAGGAUAAGGAAGUGGUGGAUGCUGAAGAUGAGAAGCAGGAGAGCAGUGCCAGAGAGGGGGCUCUGAAGAUCACACUGCACAUCCUGAGGAAAAUGAACCAGAAGGAGCUUGCUGACACACUGGAGAAAUAUUCAGAUGAUCCUGCUGUGAUUUGCCAACGUGAACUCAAAUCUAAUCUAAAGAAGAAGUUUCAAUGUGUAUUUGAGGGGAUCGCUAAACAAGGAAACCCAACACUUCUCAAUAAGAUCUACACAGAGCUCUACAUCACAGAGGGUGGAACAGGAGAGGUCAAUAAUGAACAUGAGGUGAGACAGAUUGAGACAACAACCAGGAAACAAGCAAGACCAGAGACUGCAAUAAAAUGUAACGACAUCUUCAAACCCUUAACUGGACAAGACAAAUGUAUCAGAACUGUGCUGACAAAGGGAGUUGCUGGCAUUGGAAAAACAGUCUCUGUGCAGAAGUUCAUUCUGGACUGGGCUGAAGGAAAAGCAAAUCAGGAUGUCAAUUUUGUAAUUUCCUUCCCUUUUCGGGAGCUGAAUUUGAUUAAAGGGAAGAAAUACACUUUCAUUGAACUUCUCAAUCACUUCUCAAUGGAACCCAAACAAUCAAUAAUCUCCAACUACAACAAGUACAAAGUUCUGUUCAUCUUUGAUGGUCUGGAUGAGUGCCGACUGCCCCUAGACUUCCAGAAGAACAAGAUCUGUUGUGACGUCACAGAGUCAACCUCAGUGGAUGUUCUGCUGACAAAUCUCAUCAGGGGAAAUCUGCUCCCCUCUGCUCUCCUCUGGAUAACUACCCGACCUGCAGCAGCCAAUAAGAUCCCUUCAGUGUGUGUUGACCAGGUGACAGAGGUACGAGGGUUCAAUGACCCACAGAAGGAGGAGUACUUCAGGAAGAGAUUCAGUGAUGAGGACCUGGCCAGCAGAAUCAUCUCACACAUAAAGACAUCAAGGAGCCUCCACAUCAUGUGCCACAUUCCAGUCUUCUGUUGGAUUUCUGCAAUAGUCCUUGAACACAUGCUGUGUACAGGCAGGAGAGAAGAGAUGCCCAAGACUCUGACUGAGAUGUACACACACCUUGUGGUGUUUCAUACCAAACAGAAGAAUGAAAAGUAUCUUGGGAAGGAAGAGACAGGUCCACACUGGAAUAAAGAGAGCAUUCUGUCACUGGGAAAACUGGCUUUUCAACAGCUUGUGAAGGGCAAUCUGAUUUUCUAUGAAGAAGACCUGAAAGAGGCUGGCAUUGAUGUCAACGAAGCCUCAGUGUACUCAGGAUUGUGCACACAGCUCUUUAAAGAGGAAUGUGGGCUGUACCAGGACAAGGUGUACUGCUUUGUUCAUCUGAGCAUUCAGGAGUUUCUGGCUGCUGUAUAUGUGUUCCUCUCAUUCAUCAACAACAAUGAGAAUCUGAUGGUCGAACCGCAAGUUACUGAAGUUACUGUCUACAAGAGUGCUGUGGAUAAAGCCUUACAAAGUGAGACGGGAAACCUGGACCUUUUCCUCCGCUUCCUUCUGGGCCUCUCACUGAAGUCCAAUCAGAAGCACUUGCGAGGUCUACUGACAAAGACAAGAACCAGCUCACAGAGCCAUGAAGAAACAGUCAAGUACAUCAAGGAGAAGAUCAGGGAGAAUCCCUCUCCAGAGAGGAGCAUCAAUCUGUUCCACUGUCUGAAUGAACUGAAUGACCAUUCUCUAGUAGAGGAGAUCCAAAGCUACCUGAGAUCAGGAAGUCUCUAUAGAGGCAAACUGUCACCUGCACAGUGGUCAGCUCUGGUCUUUGUGUUGCUGACUUCAGAAAAGGAGCUGGAUGUGUUUGACCCAAAGAAAUACUCCAGAUCAGAGCAAGAUUUUCUGAGGCUGCUGCCAGUGGUCAAAGCCUCCAGAGCUGCUCUGCUGUCAUUCUGUGGACUCACAGAGGAAGGCUGUGCUUCUCUGGUCUCAGCUCUGAAGUCAAACCCCUCACACCUGAGAGAGCUGGAUCUGAGUAGCAAUGUCCUGAAGGAUUCAGGAGUGAAGCUGUUCUCUACUGUACUGGGGAAUCCCCACUGUAAACUGGAGACUCUGAGGCUUUCAGAAUGUCUAGUCACAGGGGAAGGCUGUGCUUCUCUGGUCUCAGCUCUGAGGUCAAACCCCUCACACCUGAGAGAGCUGGACCUGAGUAACAACGACCUGAAGGAUUCAGGAGUGAAGCUGCUCUCUGCUGGACUGGGGAAUCCCCACUGUAAACUGGAGACUCUGAGGCUGUCAGGCUGUGGAGUCACAGAGGAAGGCUUUACCUCUCUGGUCUCAGCUCUGAAGUCAAACCCCUCACACCUGAGAGAGCUGGACCUGAGUAACAAUGACCUGAAGGAUUCAGGAGUGAAGCUGCUCUCUGCUGGACUGGGGAAUCCCCACUGUAAACUGGAGACUCUGAGGCUGUCAGGCUGUGGAGUCACAGAGGAAGGCUGUGCUUCUCUGGUCUCAGCUCUGAGGUCAAACCCAUCACACCUGAGAGAGCUGGACCUGAGUAACAAUGACCUGAAGGAUUCAGGAGUGAAGCUGCUCUCUGCUGGACUGGGGAAUCCCCACUGUAAACUGGAGACUCUGAGGCUGUCAGGCUGUCUAGUCACAAAGAAAGGCUGUGCUUCUCUGGUCUCAGCUCUGAGGUCAAACCCCUCACACCUGAGAAAGCUGGACCUGAGCUACAAUCACCCAGGAGACUCAGGAGUCAGACUGCUCUCUGCUGGACUGGAGGAUCCACACUGCAGACUGGAGAAACUCAAUGUGGAACAUGGUGGAGAGAACACAAUGAAUCCUGGGCUUAGAAAAUAUGUCUGUGAUCUCACACUGGACCCAAACACAGUAAACAGACUCCUCUCUCUGUCUGAGGGGAACAGAAAGGUGACAUGUAGGCGAGAGAAGCAGCCGUAUCCUGAUCACCCAGAGAGAUUUGAGGUCUGGCAGCAGGUGCUGUGUAGAGAGGGUCUGACCGGGCGCUGUUACUGGGAGGUAGAGUGGAGUGGGAGUGGGGCUGAUAUAGGAGUGACAUAUAAAGGAAUCAGCAGGAGAGGAAGGGGUUAUGACUGUGUGAUUGGAUGUAAUGACAUGUCCUGGAGUCUGGACUGCUCUGACAACAGUUACACUUCCAGGCACAAUAAUAAUUCCACAAUAGACGUCCCCUCCUCCAGCUCCCACAGAGUAGGAGUGUAUCUGGACUGGCCAGCCGGCACUCUGUCCUUCUAUAUAGUCUCCUCUGACACACUGACCCACCUGUACACAUUCCACACCACAUUCACUGAGCCCCUCUAUCCAGGGUUUUAUGUUCGGUAUGACACCUCAGCAUCCCUGUGUCAGGUGGUCCCUGUGUCAAACACAACAUGAUGAUUCACUCUAAUCAAGGUCAUGUUCAGUAAGACACACUGGAGCAACAAUGUAGAAUAUCUCUCUAGUGUGUAAACCCCUCAAUCCAGGGUGUUAUGUUUGGUAUGUCUCCUCUUCUGUGUCCCUGUGUCAGGUGGUCCCUGUGUCAGUUUGUAAGGGGGUCCCUGUGUCAUGUGGUCAGGUGGUCCCUGUGUCAGUUUGUAAGGGGGUCCCUGUGUCAUGUGGUCAGGUGGUCCCUGUGUCAAACACAACAUGAUGAUUCACUCUAUUUUCUAAUUUUUUUAUUGAACCUUUAUUUAACUAGACAAGUCAGUUAAGAACAAAUUCUUAUUUUACAAUGACUGCCUACCCCGGCCAAACCCUAACCCGGACUUUGCUGGGCCAACUGUGUUGCCACCCUAUGGGACCUCCGAUCAUUAUUGUAUUGGUUGUGAUACAGCCUGGGAACGAACCAGUAGGUCUGUAGUGACGACUCUAUAUACUCUGUAUUUAUUUCCUUUUUAUUUCUAUGAUAACAGAAUGUAUCUAUCUCUCUUGAUGUUGCCAUUGUUUUUAUUUCCAUGGUAACAGAAUGUAUCUCUCUCUCUCGAUAAAGCCAUUGUUUUUUAUUUCCAUGAUAACAGAAUGUGUCUCUCUCUCUCGAUAAAGCCAUUGUUUUUUAUUUCCAUGAUAACAGAAUGUAUCUCUCUCUCUCGAUAAAGCCAUUGUUUUUUAUUUCCAUGAUAACAGAAUGUGUCUCUCUCUCCUGAUGUUGCCAUUGUUUUUUAUUUCCAUGAUAACAGAAUGUGUCUCUCUCUCCUGAUGUUGCCAUUGUUUUUUAUUUCCAUGAUAACAGAAUGUGUCUCUCUCUCCUGAUGUAGCCAUUGUUUUUUAUUUCCAUGGUAACAGAAUGUAUAAUUGUAUAAUUGUUUAAAAACUUCUUAAGGCUAGGGGGCAGUAUUCGGAAAGCUUGGAUGAAUGAGGUACCCAAUGUAAACUGCCUAUUACUCAGGCCGAGAAGCUGGGAUAUGCAUAUAAUUGGUAGAAUUGGAUAGAGAACACUCUAAAGUUACCAAAACUGUUAAAAUAAUGUAUGUGAGUAUAACAGAACUCAUAUAGCAGGCGAAAACCCGAGGAGAAAACAUCCAGGAUUUUUUUGGAGGGGGCUCACCUCUCAUUAUAAUGGCUGUGUAUGGGAUAUAAAAGGCAUACCUCCCAGAUUGCAGUUCUUAGGGCUUUCAGUAGAUGUCAACAGUCUGUAGAAAGAGUUUCAGGCUUGUUUUUGGAAAAAAUAGGUAGAAUUUGUAGUUUUUCUAAGUGGCUCCCAUUUUGGCUGUAGCGUUUAUAUAUAUAUAUAUAUUUAUUAUCAUUGAUGCGUGUGGAUGAGAGCACUUCGUUAUUUAUCUCCGGUAAUGAACAUACUAUUUUCCAUCUUAAAUUGUAUCGUUUAUUAAAAUAUUAUCCGGAGGAUUUUUUGGUCCUUAAAUGAAACUUGUUUACUUUUUAAUUUAUCACAAUUUUCUUUAACCAAUGAUGGUCUUUAAUUCAGACAAGUUCCUUACUACUCCGCCUUCCACUUUUGCAGUGAUGCUGCAAUUAGUUGGUUGUAAUGUUGGGUAGAGCAGACAUUUCCAUAUGUUUUGGUGAGCUGCAUGUAUGAAAACUCCACCAGUCCUAUAUAUGAUAUAAUUUAUGAAGAUUAUACCUUUUUUUAAGUAAAAAAAAAUAUGUUUUUUAUAAUCAAUUUGUAAUGGCCAAUUUUAGUUUAGUUUAGUUUAUUUUAUUUUUACAGGGACAGUGCACAUUAAUCAACGUUUCAGUAAAAGUGCCGGUUUUAGCCAGCCGGCUAAUUUUCAACCGCAGUCCCUGGGCAGGUUAUUAAAAACAAUUACAAUAUAGACAAUAGCACCAUAGAACAAGCAAGACAUAACAACAUAGGACAAGCAAGACAUAGCAUACAGACAGAGAAACAUAGGACAAGCAAGACGUAGCAUACAGACAGAGCAACAUAGAACAAAAAGCAGCAAGAUAAAAUUCAUAAAAGCAACAAAGUGUUUCCACACCUCACAAGCUACAGACAACAGACAACAUGGAAAGGGGCAACACACAGCUAGGGACCAUGUUCACAAAUCUGAUUGACCUUUAGCCAGGUCUUCAAACAUUUUGUGAAAGUGUGAUAUGUGGUGCAGUUAUGUGUGUCUGAUGGCAGUGUAUUCCAGACAUGGGAAGCUCUCACAGAGAAUGCAGAUUUACUAAAGGUGCUUUUCCUUAGGGGAACUAUACAGUCACCUCUCAUGGCAGACCUUGUGGAUCUGCUGCCAUAUGUCUGGGUUUUCUGUUUAACAAACAUAUUGAGUGGAGGGGGAGCCAGGCCAUUAAGGAUCUUGAAUACAAGACACGCGUCGGUGUAUUGCACAAGAUUUUCCCAACUCAAGAGCUCAUGUUUUCUAAGGAUGUGACAAUGAUGAUGGCUAUUGGGCUUCCUAUCAAGCACUUUGAGAGCCUGUUUGUAGACAGACUGAAUAGGUUUUAAUGUUGUACAGCAAGCUUGGGCCCAACUAGUCAAGCAGUAGGUUAAGUGGGGGAGUAUCAUAGAUUUGAAGUACAGUUUUGCUACCUCUGUAGUCAAACAAUUUCGUAUAAAUCGGAAAUUAGCUAGAUUGAAUUUAGUUAUUUGAAUUACCUUUUUCACAUGCUUUUUAAAAGAGAGGUUGGAAUCAAGUAUGAUGCCAAGGUACUUAAAAUCGGAUACCACCUGGAGCUUCUCCCCUGACACAUAGACAUCUGGCUCAGUAGCAUCUGUUGCCCUCUUUGUGAAGAACAUGCAAACAGUUUUUUCACAUUGAGAUGCAAACACGAGUCACUGAGCCACUUUGUAACCUGGACCAUUACAGUAGUGAGUUCUUGUGCAGCUUGUUGUUUGCUCUUUGCAUGCACAUAUAUCACUGUAUCAUCUGCAUACAUUUGAACUUCAGACCCAGUACAGACAGAAGGCAGAUCAUUAAUGUACAGGCUGAACAGGAGGGGCCCCAGUAUUGACCCUUGGGGCACGCCCACAUCAUAGCUACGAGUGGGCGACAGCUCAUUGCUCACUCUGACACACUGAGUUCUGCCUUCAAGGUAUGAUUUCAUCCAUCUCAAGGCAUCAGGGGAAAAGUUGAACUUGGACAAUUUUGUGAUGAAAAUCUCAUGGUUAACAGUAUCAAAAGCCUUCCUUAGGUCCAGAAACACAGCCCCAACAGCACCCCCUUUGUCCAUCUUGGACUUCACAUUUUCCAGAAGAAAGCAGUUGGCCGUUUCUGUGGAGUGUUUCGCUCUGAAGCCAAACUGCAUGGAGUGUAAUGUGAAGAGGCUGUUGUUGAGGUGGGCAAUCAGUUGUUCUGCUACACACUUUUCAACAACCUUUGAUACCACAGGUAGUAUACUAAUGGGCCUGUAGUUACUCACGUCAGCAGAUGAGAUGAGAAUGCCGGAGAUGAGAAGCAGGUAUGGGGAGUCAACAUUUAAUCAGGAAACAGACAAAGACCAAGACAAGAACAGCGUGAGCACAAGGGUACAAAACGAACAACCAACAAUUAAUGCUGCAGCAGGGAAUAGAGCGGGGAACAGACAGAUAUUGGGGAGAAAAUGACAGAAGUGAUUGAGUCCAGUAUAGUCCGAUAAUCGCUGAUGCGCGUGACAGGGAAAGGCAGGCGUGCGUGCUGAUGGUGGCAGGAGUGCGUAAUGCUGGGGAGCCUGUCUCCAUGCGCGAGGGAGAGUGGGAGCAGGCAUGACACAAUUAGUAUAUUUGACUUUAACCACAAUAUUUGUUGUAUUAUUUGUUCUGUCUUUUCUCGUGGAUUAAACUGAAAUUGCAACCAA